AUGGACAAUCCCAGCACCACAAAGCCACAAGUUAAUCACGUCGAAGACAAGUCUCCCAAGAUGGCUUCUACUAUCGCAGUAGACUUGCCAGAGCUGUCUAGCCAUGAACUGCGUGAUCAGAUGGCAGCUCAAGUGCGAGUGUCCAAACUCCGUUACUUUUCUCUAGCAUCUAUCCAGCUUUAUGUGUUCUUCUUCAUUGCGUAUUGCAACUCUUGGGGAACUGGGUUUGAUAGUUCUCUCAUGGGUACCAUGAAUGCCAACAAUGGCUGGCAUACAUACUUCGAUGUUCCCAAGGCGGGGGGUACGCUUGGUAUUGUUACAGCAGUGUACACUAUCGGUAAUCUAUGUGGCUCUUUCUUCGCCGGCCCAGCAUCAGACAGAUAUGGAAGGCGUAUCGGCAUGUUCAUAGGUUCCUUCAUCGUUCUGGUCGGUGCCAUAGCCAUGUGUACCGCUCAAAACCGAGCUGCGUAUAUGGCUGGUCGAUUCUGGGCAGGCUUUGGUGUGGCCAUUGCUCGCUCUGCGGCGCCCGCUUUUGUGACCGAGAUUUCUCCUGCACAGUGGCGCGGCCCCGUCACGCUGCUUUAUAAUUCUUUGUGGCUAGUUGGGGCGAUUAUUGCCAGCGCUAUCGCGCAUGCAACAGGCCCAUUGAAGUCUGACAUGUCCUGGCGUAUUCCUUUGAUCAUCCAGGUGGUCCCUUCAUCGGUCGUCCUGAUUGGCUGUCUGUUCAUGCCAGAGUCACCACGCUGGUUGGUUGCAAAUGAUCGGUACGAAGAAGCUCGCCAGAUACUAGCUAAGUAUCAUGACGAUGGUGACCUGGAUUCUCCCCUCGUUGCUCUCGAACUCGCGGAGAUGAGAGAUAGCAUCAGACAAGAAGCUUCCGAUAAGCGCUGGUAUGAUUACAGUGAGCUUUGGAAUACACGUUCGGCUCGAUAUCGAACUAUGCUGGUAAUAUCAAUGGCAUGUAUUGGACAAUGGGGAGGCUCGAAUCUUACAGGCUACUACCUUGCCAACUUACUUCGCGCAAUCGGCAUCACUUCACAAGAUCGCCUCUUAACAUUCAACCUAGCAUACUACGUCGCUGCGCUCGGGGGGGCCAUUGUUGGAUCCCUAGUCAGUAACCACGUCGGCCGUCGCCCACUGCUCAUAUUCGGCUGCCUAUCAAUGUCCGCCUGCCUUGUUGCGCUCACAGCAUGUACUUCUGUAUACCAGCCGGGCCAAGCCGUAGCACUCUCAAAUGUCACCAUCGCAUUCAUCUUCUUCGUCGGCAUUUUCCAUACGUGUGGAGUUAAUCCACUCGUUGUCGCCUAUCCAGUUGAGGUCCUGCACACCAACAUUCGUGCCAAAGGGAUGGGGCUCAACAACUUCGUGCUCAAUUGCGCUGAGUUCAUUAAUACAUAUGCGACACCUAUCGGCUUAAAAACUAUUGGAUGGAAGAUAUACAUCGUGUAUGUCGUGUGGAACAUUGUGCAGGCUGCUUGGGUUUUCUUCCUCUUUGUCGAGACAAAGGGUCACACAUUGGAAGAGAUGGACGAAAUCUUCGAGUCGAAACGCCCUGUCAAGGCAUCUUUAGAGAAACCGAACAGCGUUGCCCCGAUUGCACGUGAGGACAUGAAGGUUUAA